CAGCUUCAGUCUCAAGUCAUCUUCAAGCUGAAGUCAAUGAUGAUGUUUAGUUUCCAUGUUUGUCAUGGCCGAAAAUUCACUCUCGCAGAGAUUGAAUGAAGAAAUUGAAAAGACUGAAGGAAUUAAUGGAUGGAUGGUGGGAACAGUAAUACUAUGUAUACUUGUGGUUAUCUUCUUUAUGGUGAUAAUUUAUUUAAUUAGAAGAAACUGCAUACUUCAAAAUAGUUUGAAAGACAAUUAUAGUCAACAGCUAGUAUAUAAAAAAAUGGAAACGGGGUGUGCCCCUUCAGAAGAUUUGGUAAGAGAUCAAGAAGGAAUGAUUGUAGUAUCUUAUGUAAUGCCAGUAGCUAAAAAUAAGUUUAAAAAAGUCUCAUUCUAAAAUAUUGUAAUAUAAUUUGGGGAUUUUAUAUUUAUUUCCUAUAGAGAAUUGUAUAAAAACAUUUGUAAUGUAAUUAUGUUUAUUCAUUAUGAAAAUAUCCUAAGUUUGUUCCUUUUUAUAACAUUUUAUAUGCAAAAAAAAAUAUAAAAGUUUGAAGCAUUUUAACGUCACUGAUGAAACAUCGUGCCCUAUUACCAUACAUAUAAUUUAAAAUUUUAAAUAUAACAAAUGUUUAUUUAUCAAAUGUACUCAAGUUAUAAUAAAUUAACAGUUAUAAUAAAUCUAUUAUUAUAACUGUUGCCUAUAUCCAUAACACCGUAACUGUUAUAAUCAUAAAUAGAAAUAUCAUUUUUCUAUGAAAAUAAAAUAUAUAGUUACUAAAAACUUUAGUGUCUAGUUUUGAUAAGGCUAGAAACUAUAAAAUAAGUUGUUUACAUUGUUUUUUCCAGUGAAAUUACAUCCAAAUGUUGAAUUGUUUAAACUACAUCAAAUAAUUUUUUUCCUCAAGACUGUAAAAACGCUUAGUUUUUAUGAAUUAUUUUAAUCUUUAUAGUUUCAGUUUUUUCAAUGAUGGAUUAUGUUUUAAUCCCUUUAACAAUAAAAUAAGUUAUUAACAAAGUUCCAAGGAUUAAUUAUGUUGAUUAAAUUAAAUCAAUAUUAUGAUCAUACAAAUAAUUUUGGGUCUAUGCAGAAUUAUCCUUUUUAAUUGUCCAACUAG